GCAGGUCCUGGCCAGGCCCAGCUGAAGGAGGCGACACACAGGGCACCAGGCCGGCCCACCAUGAGCUCCGCGUCCAGCGAGCCUGGCUCUGGGGACGCUGCUGCGGAGCAGUCCCGGCUGGGGCUGGACGCUGUGAUCCAGAGGCUGGAGGACACCAUCCUGAGUCCCAUGGCCAGCAGGGAAGACCGGGCGCUGACCAUGCGUGGGGAGGGUCAGGGGGCCUCUCCCACCCCUGUGCCCGCCCGCAUCCGCGAGAUCGUGGCUGGCUCCCUGGGCGAGGAGCGCCCCCAAGGUGCUUCCAUGGACAUGCUGGGCGCGGGGCUGGGCGAGGCCCCAGGGCCACAGCUGAGCAGGGGUGCGGGGCGGGACGAGCUGGCCGUCGGGUGCCAGGCAGUCAGUGAGCGGCUGCAGGCCCGGCUUGCGAGCACUGAGGCCCGGCUGUGGAGGUCGGAGCUGGAGAACAGCGUGGACCUGGAGGAAGCCCUGUGCCGCCUGGAGGCCGCCGAGCAGAGGAGCACCGACCUGUCGCAGGUGAAUGCCCUUCUGCGGGGACAGCUGGAGCACAUGGCGGCGGCCCACAACACGCUGGCCCGGGAGCUGGCCAGGACGAUGGGCAGCGCUUUCCACCUGCAGGCUGAGCUGGAGCUGCAUGAGACCCGAAGGACGGGCCCAGGUGAGCCUGGGGGCUUGCUCCUGCUACAGAGACAGGCCAGGGCACUGCGGGCACAGCUGGCCGAGCUCCGUGUGGCCACUGAGCGGGACCUGGGUGUCCUGCGAGCAGACGCGGCCAAGACAGCGCAGCGCCUGCACACGGCCUGCCUGAACCUGGACUCCAACCUGAGGCUGUCGGCCAGUGCCCUGGAGCAUCAGCUGCAGGACAGGGUGGAGGUGACGCUGCAGCCACACAGCCGCUGGGAUGCCGAGAAGGCAGUGCUCCAGGCCAGGGACCUGGGUGUCCUGCGAGCAGACGCGGCCAAGACAGCGCAGCGCCUGCACACGGCCUGCCUGAACCUGGACUCCAACCUGAGGCUGUCGGUCAGUGCCCUGGAGCAUCAGCUGCAGGACAGGGUGGAGGUGACGCUGCAGCCACACAGCCGCUGGGAUGCCGAGAAGGCAGUGCUCCAGGCCAGCCCCAGUGGACACUCCGUGUGCUGGACACGAGGCUCGGACGCUGAGCCUGGCAGCAGCACCAUGAGAGAGUCUCCGAGCAAGCACCGUGGGUGGGGCCGCUCACGGAGGAAGGCGAGGAGAGAGCCUGUGCGCUACCCAGGGCCGGCGCUGGGAGACGGGUUCGAGGGCCGGGAAGUGGGUGGCUGCACGGCAGCCCAGGCGGACGCGGGGCAUCUGGGCUCCUCCUGGAGCAGCAGGGAUGGCGAGAAGGGGCAGCGCCCACACGGGGGCCUUCUGCGGGCCAUGUCUCCUCACCGGGGGCUGUCACCGCCCCGGGCCCAGUCCCUGGCCUUCCCGGACUCUGCACUACAGGCCGAGCAGACAGCCACCCCAAGCCCACAGUGGUGGGAGCAGGAGCUGCGCAGGCAACUGCAGGCGUCCCAGGCGGCGGCUGGGCUCCCAGAACAGCUCUCCGAGCGCCAGCAGGAGCUGCAGGCCUCGCAGAGGCUCCUGCAAGAGAAGACGCGGGAGUGUGAGGGCCUCCUGGGCCAGCUGCAGGCCCAGAGGCGGGAAACGCAGCUCUGCCAGGCGACAGCUGAGCUCUUGCACAGGGAAAAGGCAGCUCUGGAGCUGCAGGUGGAUGUGCUGAGAGGGAAGGCGGGUGUAUCAGACGCCGAGAGGCGCAGGCUGGAGACCUCGAAUGCAGAGCUGCAGAGAAGCCUCGCGCUGCGGGCGGAACAGAAGGCGGAGCUGCUGCAGCAGAGCGAGGGGCAGCGCAGGGAGCCCCGGGCCAGGCAAGGGCGCCUGCAGAAGCUGGAACAGCAGGUCUCGGGGCUCAGGAAGGAGCUGGAGCUGACGCAGGAAGCCCUGAGCACUGCGCGUCUGCAGAGAGACGGGGCUCGGGGCGAGCGGGAAGGCCUGCGUGGUGCUCUGGCCCGGGCCGAGUCCAGCAAUGCUGACCUGGAGCUGCUCGUGACACGACUCCAGGCAGAGGGGGCGGAGCAGAGGGACGCCCUGGCCAAGAUGGCCGCCCUAAUGGAGGGGCUGGCUCAGGACAAGGGUGCCCUGAGCCACCUGGUCCUCCAGCUGGAGCAGGAAAGGGCCGAGCUACAGGGACAGCAGCAGCUGCUGGAGCGGGAGCAGGCUGGUGCCCAGGAGCGGCUGGCACGGGCCGAGCAGGAGCUGGAGCAGGAGCUGGAGCAGGAGCGGGCCGAGAGGAGGGGCCUGCGGGAGGCCUGCGGGUGCCUGGAGCAGCAGCUGGGAGACCUGGAGGGGCAGGCAGCCCGGCUGCGGCAGGACAAGACCCAGCUCCAGGAACAGCUGGACAAGGUCGUGGGUGAGAAGCAAGCUCUGGGGGAGCGGCUGGCGCACAGCCUGCAGGCCCAGGAGACCCAGGAGGCUGCGCUGCGGCGAGCCCUGCUGGAGAAGGACGCACUGUCUGAGGAGCGGGCCCGGCUGCUGGCCCAGCGAGAGGCCCUGGAGCGGCAGGGGCAGCUCGCAGCCCAGGAGGCGGCUGAGCUCAGGGCCGAGAGGGACUCUCUGGAGAGCAGCCUCUGUGAGGCGGGCCGGCAGGUGGCGCGGCUGCAGGUGGAGCAGCAGCGGCUGGAGGGCGAGGCCCGGAGUGCACAGCAGGCUCGUCGGGCCCUGCAAGUGGAAAUGGAGCAGCAGCGAAGCGCCUGGGAGGCCCGGGAGGGGCAGCUGCGCCGGGACGCAGAGCGGCAGGAGCGGGACGUGCGGCUGGCGCUGGAGGGCCAGGUGCAGGCCCACCGCGAGGACCUGGCGCGGCUCCGGAGUGAGAAGGAGACCCUGAUUCUGUCCCUAGUGGAGGAGAGAGAGGUGGCCGCAUGCCGGCUGGAGCAGGAGCAGGAGCUGGGGGCACACAGCGCAGCUGAGAGGGCGGCUCUGCGGCAGGAACUCCAGAGCCUGCGGCAAGAGCGGGCCGAGACUCUCCUGGCUUCUCAGCCUGCCCCAGCCUCCCGGCUCUCUCAUGAGCAGCCCUGUCCCAUCCAGGCCCUGGCUCUGAAGGAGGCAGAGAGCAGCCGACUGCAGGAGGAGCUCUCCAGGGCUGCCCGGGAACUGGAGUGGGUGCGGCAGGAGGCCCAGAGACGGCAGAAGCAGGCAGAGGCCACCAUCAGUGCCACGACCAGGGAGCUUACCACACUCCAGGUCCAGUUUGGGGAGGCCAUCUCUGCCCACCAGAAAGAGGCCACGGCUCUCAGAGACAGCCUCCGGGACAUGGUGGCCAAGCGGAGCCACGCGGAGAGAGAGGCCCAGGGGCUGCGGGCACAGCUGAGUGAGAACCAGGAAGCACUGGCUGACCUGCACCGGGAGCUGCAGGGCAGUGAGGAGAGCCGCGAGGGGCUGCACAGGGAGCUGCUGGAGGCCCGCCGGGCACUGGACAACGAGGCCCGCAAGAAGGAGGAGCUGCAGUGGUAAAACACCGUGCUGCGGGCUGCCAUCCACACAGCCGGGCAGGAGAAGGCCAGCCUCAGGCGGUCCAGGGAGGAGAUGGAGCAGAAGCAGCCGCCCCUGCAGGAGGCCUGUGCCGCAGGGUGGGAGGCGUGCGGGCUGCAGGCCCGCCUGCGGGAGCUGGAGCAGGUGCGGGCAGACGCUGCCCAGGAGCUCCGGGAACACCGCAGACAGGUGAGGACCCUGCGGGCCGAGAGCCAGAGAAAGAGCGUGGAGCUGAGGGAGCUGCGAGGCCGAGGGACACAGAGGCAGCGGCGGAGCCAGCAGGAGGUGCUGAGGCUGCUGGGGCAGACGGCCGAGGUGGAGGCCGCCCAGGAGGCCACGCAGGAGGAGGUAGGGUGCCUGUGCCAGAGGGCCCUCGGCCUGGCUGGGGCUCCGCAGGGACGCCCGGGGCAGUCCUCGGGCCAGAGAGGACCUACCGCCCCCUUCCUCGCCCUCUCUCCGCACCCUACGGGCUGUCCACUCCCACCUCCCAGCACGACCUGUGCAGCUGGACGACAGGACGACUCCUGUGUGUGGGUGGCCAGGCGCACCCAGCUGAGUGAGGCAGAGAACAUGUGUGCCCGGGCCCAGGGCCACCUGGGGCAGCUGCAGAAGGCCCUGGCCAAGGCAGAGGAAGGUCAGGACAAGGGGGCACUGAGCAGCUCCCAGGCAGCAUGGCCUUGCAAGAUGACGCGUUCUGGAGGACAGAGACUGAGCGCCUGGACAGUGCAGGCCACGGGCCAGGAGAGGCGGGGGCUCCGGGGACACACCGAGCUCCCUGCAGGGAGCCUGGCCUCCCCCUGCCAGGAGGCCCCACGAGCCGCCUGUUUCUCUGGGGCCUCUGUGGGCGGAGCAGGAGACGGAGGUGCACAGGCGGCCGUGCCCUGCUGGGGCCUGACCCUGAGCCGCCUGCCCCGGGAGGUGGGAGGAGCCCUGAGGCAGGACCGUUGGCUGCAGGCCCGGCAGGUGGAGCUGGAGCAGGCCCACACCCAGCAGCUGCUGGGCCUGGCUAUGGAAGCCCAACAGUGUGGGGCCCGGCUACAGGCCUCACAAUCCCCAGCAUCCCAAGAGCAGACCCCCUGUCCCGGCGCUGUUCACACUCUGCCCCCGGAGGCUGAGCCGCAGCGGCCCACACCCACUGGAAGGGGGAACGGGUUCCGGGACAGGCCCUUCUACCCCGGCCUCAGCCCUGCAAGGUGGGGUGUGAGGACCAUUGCUGGGACGGGGCCCAUCGGCUACAGCAUGGGGACCUCCCCUGUCCCCAGAGCCACCGCAGAGGUGGCCGGCCUGAAGGAACAGCUGGGCCCAGAAGUGCAGCGGCAGUAGCAGGCCCACCCAGGCCAGGACCCUCAUAUGAGCCCCCGAGGGUCUGCCCACCUACAGCCCUGACCAGUGGGGACAGCAGGCUCCGGGCAGAGCCGACAGCUGAGACAAGCACGCUGUACAGCAGCCAUCACCGCCCCCCCCAAGUUGCGGGCCUGUAGCACCCCAUGACGACAGAUGUCCCUGCCUUCGGGGGUCUCUUCAAAGCCCCCUUCCCCUGCUAAGAGACCGAGGGCAUCACCCCGACAGCCUGCCCAGGCCUGGUGAACUGUUUCUGCUCCCAAUGCACUGGGCCGGCCAGACCCCUGGGCCUGGUGGCGCCUGCGGCCACAGGCUCCAUUCCCUGCCCACAGCUCUGCUAGCGCGGGAAGGCACAUGGAGACGUCUCCACUCCUGCAGCCAAAGCUUUAUGUCCCGCGAGGCCGGCCACCACCUGCCCACGUCCGGAGGCCAGAACCUUCCGCAGCCGGGAACUGUGGCUGGCCCCAGAUGCCUGGAAAUGACUCAGACCAGGACCCCACUCCCUGGCCACCAGAAGUGCCCAGAGUGUGAAGCGGGGAGCUGUUACAGAGCCCCGCCCAAGGUGGCCACGGAGGGCCAGCAGCCUCGCCUGCAGGGGUGUCAUGCAGCCCCCUCUUGCACCGCAGGCCUCCGUCCCUCCCUUCCUUGCUUUGCUGUGGGACCUGCAGACCUCGGGGACACAGAGGCUCCUGACGUGACCGCCACCGCCUGACUGCCCCAGGGUCACGCUGGCUUCACGGGGCUUCCUGUCAAACUUGGUUUUCUACUUGAAUUUAGUAGUGAGGGUGCCCCAGGGGACCCUGCGUGUCCAUCCUUCCUGCCCUGUCCCGCAGCGCCUGAGUGGGCCGCGGCCGCGAGGAGGCACGUGGGAGACAGCAACGUCCGAGUGGCGGUGGACGGGCCCUGAUGGCCGCUCGUGCUCAGGAAGUGCCGAGAGCACGGCAGGCAGCUUCUGUCGUGUGCCCGAGGCCCAGCCGGCUGGGGAGCCGCGGUUCAGGCUUACCCGAUGAGCACACCUGUGUUUAGGAGGAGGGUUCUGGUGGAAAUAAACGCUUUCUCA